AUGGGAGAAGUAGGAAUCAAUAUUCCUUUAGGAUAGCCUUUAAAUAAAAACAAAAAACUGAUAGAAAUGCAAGAAGAAUUGAAAUGCCAUAUUAAUUAUGUGAAUGAUUGCUUUGAUAAAGAAUUGUUAACUAUAGGAAGUUCGAAUAAUAAAAAUGGAAGAAGAAUUAAAUUAUCAUAAUAUAAUGUAGAUCCAAACAUUUUUGGUUUUUCUGUAAAUACAUUUGAAUUACGCAAUCAUGUUAAUUUCUUAUGUUAGUAAUUUUACUAAAUUUGUGUAUCAGAACCUAUAUAUUAAAAUAAUAGUAAAAAUAUAAAUUAUAAUAAAGAAAAUUGUAUAUAGUAAGAAAUAGACCAAUCAUUCAUAAUGAAAAGGAUAAAGCCUUUAACUCUAUAAUUUGGCUUUAGAGAAAUAAUAAUAUAGAUUCUUUAAUUAAUAUUUUGUAUUGGCUUGAUUACUUGGGAUGCUGUAUAAUUAUAAUUAAAUAUGUAUCCUGAAAUCGGUGGAUCAAGUAUUCAUUACUUAUUAUAUUUGCGAAUUGCUUUAAUAUUUCUGCUCUUUAUUUCAUAAUUGAUGUAUCACAAUUAUAAAUUUAGGUAUGUGAGUAGGGCUAUCAAAUUACAAUUUUAUUUAUCCUAUCUAUUUAGUUUUAUAAUAACUAUCCUAACUAUUUUGUGUUUGUAUGGAUAUAACCUUAUGACUGAAAAAUAUUGCCAUAUUAUAUUGCAUAUGUUAUAGUGUGCAGUAAUUUUAAUUGGAUGUUUUCUUAUAUGCAUUCAUUUAUAUAAAUUAGAAAUUAAUUUAUAGAGAAUAAGAGUAUUAUUGGGAGCAUAAUACUAAUCACCAUUAGGUUGCUUUUGA